AUGCAUAAUGAAGCUCCUGACAUUAUGUGCUUAGUAGUUCAUCUACCUGGGCAGCACAUGAUUACUUUUUCUGAUAAUGACUCACUUAAAGCUAUUGUACAACAUGCACAAAAUGAAAAAACUACAUUAACAGCAUGGUUUGAAGCUAACAGAGAUCCAAUGCUAGCUCCAUUAGCAAGUAAAUACACAUAUGCUCAAUUUCCUCAGGCAUUUGUUUUUAAUAAAAAUACUAAAAAAUGGAAACCACGUGUUCGAGGCAAUAUGAUUGGUCAUAUGUUUUUUGUACAUCUCAGAGCUGAGGAAGCUGCAAAAAUACGAUCAGGGCAUCAACUUCAUCAUUUAUUUGCAAUUAUUUUAAUCAACUGCCAACCUAAUAAACCAGAGCAUCUGUGGGCAAAACACAUUGUGGCUUUUACUGAAGAUGUAAUAUAUUACUUACAGAAUCAUAAUUUACAAUUAACUGAACAUGAGAUUGAAAAUGAUGCAUUAAAUAAACUAGAAAUUAUUUUUUUACAACAAAAUAAAACAUUAAAAGACUUUCCAAAUAUGCCUUUGCCAGAUUCUGUGUGUGAAUUUAGGAAUGAGUUAAUUAAUGAAGAGUUGAAUUAUAAUAUACAAACCCUUACUAAGUUCAUUGAACUGAAUACUAAUCAUUUAAAUAAGGACCAGCUGAAACUGAUCGAUUUUAUAUAUCCUGCCUUGCAAAUAUAUGCACAUGACCCAACAUAUAUAGUAAAAAGAAGUAUCCUAGCACCAUGCAAUUCUGAAGUUAAUAUGCUUAAUACUGAAAUUCUUUUGCAAUUUUCUGGAGAAGCAAAAACUUAUUAUAGUGCAGAUGUUCUAGAUCAAACCUCAGCUAUAUAUAAUCCAGCUCAUGAAGAUAU